CACCGCCUCCCUUUUGCUUUCGGUUUUUCCCAGCUGGCAGCUGGCGGCCCGGCCCGGCCCGGCCCGGCCAUGGAGAACGGCGCCGUCUACAACGAGACCACGGAACCGGAGGCGAAGGCGCCCCGCCGCCGCCCCUUCGGUUGCACCCUGCAGCACCUGCGGGGAUGGCGGCUGGCGGCCAAGGUGGUCCAGGCGAUUUUCUCUUUUGUGGCUGUUGUUUUUGAAGAAAUUGUGGACGAUUGCAUCUAUUGUAGUGGACUUUACUUCUUUGAAUUCAUAAGCUGCAGUGCCUUUCUUUUGAGCCUCCUGAUUCUGUGUGUGUAUUGCACUGAUAUGUAUGAAUCACUGGGGAAAGAGAAAGUACAGAAACUGAAUUUUUGGGCUGUGCCAGCCAUAGGUGCCUGGUUUCUGUUAGCAUCAAUAGUGUUCUCUGCAACCUGCUCUGGCUCUGCUGUUGAACGUGCUGCCUGUGUAUUUGGAUUUUUUGCAACUUUUGCAUUUGCAGCUGAAUUUGGUACAGAGCUCUUUCUCAGGCGAAAACAAAACGUCGAUGGAUGCUCUGAAAAUCCUGGUAACACUCAGAGUGCCACAGAAAAUCAGCCAUUGAAUAAACAAAGCUAACUUCCUGAAAUUGUUUAAAUUGUUUCCUCUUUUUCUUUUUUAUUUUUUUUAAUUGGAGCAAACUAAAAUGAACUUUCAGUGCACUGUAGGUAACAACUUCGGUUUCUUUGUUCUAAUCAAUUUUGUACACAUUGCUCAUCAUAAAAUUUUUAUGGAUUCUUAGGUCAGGUAAUGGCAUUUUGAGCAUCAUGUUCUAGGGUAACUGGUCCUGCUUAAUAAGUAGUCCUGCCACCUGCUGGGGUGACAGGCACUAAAAAACCUUGGGUCUAAAUACAGUAACUUCAGGAAAACAGUGUGCUGAUUUGAUUUUGACAGAGGUGACUAACAAAGUUAAUGUCUGUGGCAUUAAUUUAAUUUAUAAAUUAAAUUAAAUUAAUAAAUUCUGAGCUGUAGCCUAAAGGUAUUUCCUGGUUAAAUGGACCAGAUGCUUCUGUUGCAAGUUAUAAAUUAGUACAGCGGAAUUCAUUUUUGUACUUCCUGGUCAAACUGAAUGUAAAAGGGAACCGUACAGGAAUUCUUGUCCUUAAGUAAGGGGGUUUGGAAUGUUUUUACUAUUCCUAUGUCUCAAUUCCAUCUGUGGAGAUCAGUGUAAUGGUGUAGUAGACUCCAGGGGGUUUAUGGGGAGGGUAAUGUAAAUGGUAUAUUAAGGAGACAGUUUUGCACCCCAUGAUUGUCAAAGUUUGAACUUGAAUACCAGAAUCUUCUUUCAGAUGAUUUUGAAAGCUGUAACAGUUGCAGGAAGAAACUUGAAAAGCCAGCAGUGAGAGGAGUAAGAGAAAGAAUAAAUAUUUUCCUGAAGCCGCCCCAGAAGUAGCAAUCUGAAUAUCAAUGGAAAAAAGCUUACAGCACACUGGUACUACCCUGGUGAAUAUUACUUGCAAGGAUAAUACCAUAUGCAGCUUGUUUAUGCAUACAUAAUACUAAAUUUUGCCAGAAUGGUUUUGGACCUCACCAUUUUAUGUGUUUAUAAAUAUGGCAGUAGCUUGAGACUUCUUGCUGACUAGCUCAGUUGGUAAACAGGUAAAUAAGCACUUGUACCCUUGAUUUGUUUUGCAAGCAACAGUCUGUAGGACUGCAAGGAACACUACUGAUGGGACACGUAUUGGACAAGUGAUGGAUGUGUCAGACCAGAUGCUGAUGGCUGUAAAAGAAAUGAAGUGCUGAAAAGCAUUUUUCUGGUGUCUGAGGUAAAAGCAAGACUGCUACGCCUCUCUUAAGAGGAAAGCCUUCAAAAGCAGAGCAAAUUGCUGUAUGCCAGGAGAUGUUCCAAAAUACCAAAGCAGAUGAGAAAAAGCUGAUUAUGCAAAAACAAUUCUUGUUUGAGUUCUCGUGACAUUUGCCGUGUCUCCCAGGCAUUAACUGCAUUUCAUUGAUAUCCCAGUCUGGCAUGUUCCUAGUCCAGUAACCUGUUGUGACAGCAUUGAGACUAAGCCCUCCAGAACCUGGCUGAGCUGUAUUUGGGAAAGGAAGAGGAAGCUGUUUUAAGACAAAGGGCUGCAAUAGCAGGUCAAAGUUGGUUUUUUUCCAUUGCUGCCACUUUCUGAUGAAUGUGAAUUUGUGAUGUUUUCUCUCUGUGGCCUGAGACUGAAGCCUAAAACUACACUUUGCUUGGAGGAUGUAAAAUUUUGCCAGGUGGUGUGAAGCACCAAGUUAAAGCUGUAGCUUGGCUUCAGAGUUAUUCAUGAAGAGAUACUCUCCUUCAUAGAAUUUCAUGUCUUGUAAAGAAGAAAUGCUCUUUGGACUGGCUUUUUUUCUUUUUCCUUGUAUUUAUUAGUGUCUGUUUCCACUAAAACCUGAUUUCAGUCAGCGCUUGCUGUAGCUGUCUCUGAUAACUGGGUAGAUUAGAGAUGUUCAGUUUACAGGUGGUGUUACUGGUGAUACAGAAUAUCCAUAAUGAGAAAUACCUCCACUAUGAUCUGCAAUGUCUUACUUUGGGGACCGUGCCCAUAUGAGUAACAUUCCAAUGGUCUUGUUUCGGUUUCUUCUUAUUGCCUAGAGUUCUACUGAUUUUUUUCCAUACCAAAAUGUCUAUAGUCUUUAAAUCUUCAUCUGUAAUUAGUAGCUGUAAAUAUAGUGUAAGAGCAACACUGUGCUGCUAGUACUUAUUAAGCAAUGCAGCACCAUGGCUGGACUUUUAUCUUGAGGUAAUUUUUCCUGUUAUUUUUCCCAGCCUGAAGAUAAGUUAAUUGAGGUCUGGGUUUCAGUUGCUUUUUCUAGAGGCUUUUCCCCACCUAAGUGCCGUGUUACUCAUAUACAUUCCUGAACUGGAGAUACUGGUACAAAAAGGGAUGUGUAAAGUCAUCCCCCUGCCUUGGCAGUUCACCUGGCAAUAGUCUGUCACACAGUAGUUAAAUACUAGGAGCAAGUCACAUGAUGGUUAUAGGUUUAAGGCAGUUGCUAAAAUGUUACUUCCAAACCAAUUGUUGGCUAAUAUGCAUGGUGGUGCUGUUAAUCCUUGUGCUUCAUAAGGUGUUCUUGCUCUUAUUUUAAAAUAGUUGAGAAGCAGAUUUGCUUGUGUGUGUGCUGUUCUCUGCUUCUGCGAGGUUAUAUUUUUUAACUUUAUCAGCUUCCUAUAUCCUAGCUUUCCUUAUCACUCCUAGCUCCUUUGCCCUCCCAGUCUAGGUGGGGUUCCUUGCUGCAGUGACUGAGCAGACUGGUCUGCAGUCUUGACAUGCCCCUUUGAUGCUUCUGGUGUCAGGUGCUGGCUUUAAAUGUCUGUCUCUUAAUUAGACUGAUCCUAGAGAAUGCUGUUGGAGCUGGAUUAAAUGUCUGAUUCUGCAGGAGCUCUGUGUGGCUGGAUGUCUCUUACCCCUCAUGCUCUGUCAGCAAAGCCCUUUGCUUGUUUCCCAGCCUGCUUCUGAUGAAAUCAGCUGACCUUAUUUAAACCACCUAUUUAAAUUGCUUCCAUUAAGGUGGUUGAUUUUGGCUUAAGUGGAUUAGGGAUUGUUCAAGAGAGUGAUGGGAGCUCUGGCAUAAAUGCUGUUAGAUACAACUGCCUCGAAUUUCUUCUGUUGGCAAAGUAAACAUCUCGGUACAUUGUAACUGGUAGUAAAGCCUGUUGAAAAGAAGCAACUGGCCCAGUACAUCUAUCUGGGAAUUGUCUUCUCCAUUCUUCACCACGGGGCUUGGCAGUGGUGUUGGAGCCUGCUUAGACACUCAGCUUUGGUGUUUUCUAGCUGAACCUGUCCAAAAAUACUUAAAGGCUCUGUACCCACUUUCAAGGCUUUUUUACAGUGCCUUGAGAAGCAGUGGAGAGGAUUUUCAGGAUACGUGAGGACUUGUCCAGUGGCUGGACUGUGAGCUUCUGCUCUGAAGAUCUGUACUGGGCAUUGUGUAGAUUGUGAAUGCUAACUUUUGUGUUUGGGUUUAGCCCACAAAGUAAAAUCAUGGUGCUACCAGUGCCCUUUGGUUCUGAGUAUGGGAAGGAAUUGUGCCUUAAUGCCUGCACUGUGUGCUUCAAAAGAGCAGGGAAGGGUUGUGGUCUGUUACAGGUGAGUUCUACCUUUGCACCUUCCAACCUGAAAGAG